AUGCGCGUGCUGGAAGAACCCACCGCGGCGGCCAUCGCCUACGGCCUCCACCAGAAACCCGACGUUCACCACAUCCUGGUCUAUGACUUUGGGGGGGGCACAUUGGAUGUGUCCUUGCUCUAUGUGCACGAGGGCUUCGUGACGGUGGAAGGGGUGGACGGGGACGACCAUUUGGGCG